AUCCAAAUGCACGCGAAAAGGAGCCUCAAGGUUUCCACUCCGCUCGAGUCCACCGCCAAUUCGUGUUUUGAUCAAUGGUGGCGCGUUCGACCUCCUCGUUGUAACAAGUCGACCCCGUUAAAUCUGUGACACCCUUUCCUUUACUGCAUUCGCCUCUUCAUCCUGAAUCCUCGACCGUCUCACCUGCGCUGAUCUCGACAUCACCUAUCCUCGUCAUCUUCGCAUUACUUACACAACCAUGAAGAUCGGACGGCGGCGCGCCCAACUACUCCUAUUCCUCUUCUCCGCCGUCGUUCUUUGCGAGGCCUCGGCCGCUGCUGAACCAGGCGAAUUCUCUUCAGGCACAUUGGGAGAAGUUGUCGUUGCUUCAGGAGGAAGUGCUGGGAAGACAUAUCCUGUGGGCACAGAACAUGCCCCAGUGGAUGGGAAAGAUGGAAUGCCACAUGAAGGCCCCUUUGUUGAGACAAAUGCAGAGAGAACGAGGAAGAAGACGCAGAGCACUGGCGAUGAGGACGAGAUGCCGGUAGCAAGUACAAAGUUCAAGGAGUCUUACAAGGACCUCUCUGCAGAUGGCGAUCUGCCCCAGACAAAUGAUGCCGUCAUGGACGAACGCGUCAAGUCAAAUCCCGUUGAGGGGACUAGAGGCGUCGAAGGAGGCAUAUCUGGGAAGUCCAAAGAUUUUAAAAUCACCGAAAAGAGGCCCGAUCCUCCCAAAGACGCAAGGCCUAUCCCGCACAGCGAAGUUCUGGGAAUGAAAGAUGCAAGCGGCGGAGAAGCACUUCCUGCUGUGGAUGAGGAGACGAAGAAGGUCCUGACGGUCCCAGAAGAUCUCCCCGACAAACCUCACGAUAUUCCCCAUCCCGAGAACCCAUCCUCUCCCAAAGACACCAUCCUAUCUUCCGAAAGCACUACUGGCCAACAAACGUCUGGUAAACCCAAGGAUCACGAGCCUGCCGUCAUCUCACCCAUGCACUCUCUCCUGCUCUCUUUCACCAUGAUCAUCUUCUCCGAGAUUGGCGACAAGACGUUCCUUGUCGCCGCUCUCAUGGCCAUGCGCCACCCUAGAGUGGUGGUUUUUACAGCCGCGUUUUCCGCCCUCGUUACCAUGACUGUUCUAUCCGCCAUACUGGGACACGCUGUUCCAACAUUAAUCCCCAAGACUCUCACGAACUUUGCGGCCGCCGGGUUAUUCUUGGUGUUCGGUGUGAAAAUGCUUGUGGAAGCCCGCUCAAUGUCUCCGGAUGAAGGCGUCAGUGAAGAGAUGAAGGAAGUGGAAUUGGAAUUAGAAGAGAAGGAACAUCAGCAGGCGAGAAGGAUGUCGAGGCAUCGAAGAAGAUCAUCUGCUAUCUCACCUUACGCUCUCGAAGCGGGCCGCGGCCCCGGGGGAAGAAAGAACACAGAUUCACGACUCCCCUCUCCGCCCGAAUCUCCCGCAUCGUCACGCGAUGUGUCGCCGGUGCGCCAAUCAUCCCUUCAAAACAUCUUGGGCGGAAUCAACAAUCUCUGUUCACUCCUCCUUUCCCCGGCGUGGGUGCAGACUUUCGUCAUGACCUUCCUCGGAGAAUGGGGUGACCGGUCUCAGAUCGCAACGAUUGCAAUGGCGGCGGGUCAGGACUACUGGUGGGUUACGGCCGGGGCACUCGUCGGGCAUGCUAUUUGUACAGGAGCCGCCGUGUUGGGAGGCCGGGCCAUCGCUGGGAAGGUCAGCUUGAGGACGGUUACCAUGGGCGGAGCAAUUGCAUUUUUGGUCUUUGGAGUGAUCUAUCUGCUCGAGGCCGUGUAUUAAUAUCCACACCCGAUUAUCUCCACGUGCGACAUGUUCUGGAUUCACAUACCAGAGUGCAGGUUUCUCCAGGGACUUUCCGAGGGCAGGCCUGGACGGUAGUGAGAGGGCGACAGGGUCUCACAUAACAAAGGUUCCAAGGUUGAAUCAGAAAGAGGACCGUAGCGUGGCCCUCCACACGCACGCACAUGCCAUCGGGACAGUCUGUCGGAGCCUCAGGGGGACACGUGCUGCAUGCCGGUUUUUGGGUGUCUCCGUUGACCAACGGACAGCAUAUUCUGAGUUGUGUCUGCGUGCUGAUUGCUUUUAGCCUGGUUAUUAUGGAUGGCCUUUAGUAUUAUUCCUUCUGGACCUGAUAGGUUCGGAACGAAAUACCUAUUUUGUAUCAUAUGGUGCAGUCAUUGGUUUGACACAUCGGUGCAACAGCAAUCACUCGGUAUUCCUUUGACUGCAAAGCUGACAUGAUGGCUGUCCUCCUCGCUAAGCGGAUGAAACAACGUUUCAAGUGAUCGACCACGCCUCGCUCUGCUUUUCUUCCCUCUCUCCCCCUUCUUCCCCUUCCGGCACGUCGGAUCGAUUAGCCUCAUGGAAAGAUGGCCGUGAGGCUGAAUGGACAACUCGCCAUUGGAGCUGACGAGUGGAGCGCGUCAUCGAAGGGAGGGGCUUCUCUCAAGUUCAGCUGCAGGGUUGAACACAAGCUCAAGCCUCCUACGAUAUGGACUCGGAAGCUAGCACAACCUGUGCCAGCUACUUACAAGAACCAUGAUGUCAAGCAAAAGAUUCGCGGCCACCAGGGCUGGAGGCGGCGCCGGCGGUGGUGACGAUACAGUCCCUUUGCGCAAACACCUUGCAUGGUUGGCGACGGCGAACUUCUUCACUAGACACUUGACUCUCCCACCUGAGACCACACCAUCCUUUUGCCUUCCACCUACUUGACAUCAAUACUGCACGCCUGCCAUGGCUGCUCUCAGCCUCACGGGCCACGGGCCAUGACUCCGCCGAUGGAGGGGUUGGUGGUCAAACCAGAGCUCCCGGGCGAUAUGCCGCAAGACGGCUCAGAUGUAGGAGAAUCAGGCGGCGUGAAACAGAAGGCCGAGAUCCCCACGAAGGCGAACACACAUGAACUGGAAGGCAGAGCUCCUUUGAACGAUAGUCGUACCACCCGCGCCGAGUUGGAAGGGUGACCUUCGCCUCUUCUCGAUACUGGAGCAUUCGAUUUCCGGAGAGGAAGCUCAUUCUCCGCGUGAUUGGAAGGAGAGUCUAGCCCACCACUGAUCAAGAACAUCUCCUUGCGUGAAUUGUAGCCAAGCCAGCCCGCACCUAGAGUGGCCUCUUCCUUCCGUCGAUAUAGCUGAAAAGGGACACAAGAACGCAACGAAUAAUGGAAAAAGAAAUUCAUUCAUCUUU